AUGGCCUCUCCCAACUCCCUUUCGACCGCAUACAACAGCGGCCUUCAUCGCCAACUCUCUACCCGACAAUUAUCCCGUGCCACGGGUUCUCGAUCCAGUUCCCGACGCACCUCCUCAGCAAUCCAGAAUUCUUCGUCCCGAGACCACGGGAUAUCUAUUCCCAGGCAAUAUUCUGCCGGCGACAGCUCCGAUGAUGAGGUUCCGGAGCCGAAAUUCAGUGCCUCUGUUAAGGCACUUCUUGACGAAGACGGCCUGGGUUCUUCGCCCCGUAACCGCAUCGGUGGGAGGGAACAGACUCCAGAAGAAGUCCGUGCAUCAACAGCAGCCACAAGUCAAGAGAGACAAGGGAGACGACGCUCGUCGCGUUCGCCACGUCUCGAAUCGCCGCAAGACCGAUCGGCCGGUAGCCCCGCCCCGCGCGUUGUUCGCAUAGGAUCAGCUAUGUCCUCUCGAUCUAGGAGGGAAGGGUCUGUUCUGUCGAGCAGUGAGCAACAAGACUCCGAUGCGAGGAACGACUUCAUUACACCCGCGCCCAGACAACGCAGUGUGCGCAUCGCCAGUCAUACACGGUCACCAGCAUCGAUAUCCCCGUCGCAAAGGCGAUCUGCGGAGCGAAGCUUCAGUGACGAGCAUGGAAGUGCAGAGCGCUUGGAGGAAGAGCGGAAGAUGCGUUACGAUGAUGAUUACAUGCCGCGCGCUGGUACGUCGUCUGUGCUCCGGUCGCGUGGCGGGGAAGACCCCGGGGCCAGUUCUCUGCGUGUCAAGAGAGUCGGAAGACUAACGGGCGCCUUUUUGAACGGACCCGCAAGGCGAGGUGUACUGCGGCGCCAGAGUGAAGAGAACGACGAAGGCCCGAGUUACCUAUCUCCAGAAGAUGAUCAGCGAGAAAACCACGAAUCAGUACACGACAACAAUGCUGAAUACCGCUACAAAGACACAAGGUCAUUACCUAGAGUAACGUGGGCAGAACCGAGUUCGCGUGAAGAUGGCCGACAUCGUUCUCUUGAGCCUGCAAAUGCAUCAGACGAUGCACCUUACGAACGAAUGUCUUCGCCUAAGUCUUAUGGGUCACAUUCAAAAUCUACACCUGGAUCGUCAUCUGAGUAUUCGUCCAAGUCUUCGGGCGCCAGAGAACAGCCAGUAUUCAAAAUCCCUCCAUUACCUUCAAUACCCGCAACACAGGAUCAAGAAAAUGAGCCGCCACCGACCUUCAGACGAACCAGACCACAGGGGUCUAAUAUGUUGGAUAAACCGGAGAAGAUGUCUGUUCCUUAUGGAGAAGAUAAGAAAGAGAACGGCGAAACGCCAGCUAGUAGUUCGCAUAGGAAGAUCCUUGCAGCUCGCAGCAACAACACGCCGCAUCGACCAGCUCCGCCGCCUCCUAAGAUGUCGGUUCUUGACACCGCAACAGGCAGUGGAGGAGCAGCGGCAGCAGCAUCACAGUCUCGCAGGAAGCGAAACCAAGUUUCAAUCAACCACAAGGCGUUCACACGACUCGAUUGCAUUGGUCGUGGUGGAAGCUCGCGGGUGUAUCGCGUUAUGGCGGAGAACUAUAAGAUCUUUGCUCUCAAGCGAGUCAACCUGGAAGAUGUUGAUCCAUUGACUCUGGCUGGAUACAAGGGUGAAAUCGAUUUGCUCAAGAAAUUGGAGAACUUGGACAGAGUUGUUCGUCUUUUUGACUGGGAGCUUAACUCGGACAAGCAUACCCUCAGUGUUCUGAUGGAAAUCGGAGAAUCUGAUUUGGAAAAGAUUCUCGCAUACCGUUUGAACGCCGACGACGCUACUUUGGAUAUCAACUUCACUCGCUACUAUUGGAAAGAAAUGCUCGAGUGUGUUCGCGCAGUCCACGAACACAACGUCGUCCAUUCCGAUCUCAAACCCGCCAACUUCCUCCUAGUCCAAGGCAGACUCAAAUUGAUCGAUUUUGGUAUCGCCAACGCCAUCCAGGACAACACCGUCAACGUGCACCGCGAGCAACAAGUCGGAACACCCAACUACAUGUCCCCAGAAGCCCUGGUCGACUCAAACGCCUCGCUAGGCUUGCCCUCCAGCGUCGGCAAAAUGAUGAAACUAGGCAAACCCAGCGACGUCUGGAGUUUAGGCUGCAUCCUCUACAAAAUGGUCUAUGGCCACCCGCCCUUCGCCAAAAUCGCCAAGUACUACGAACGUAUCAUGGCAAUCCCUAACCCUCGAGUCCAAAUCGAAUUCCCCGAAUUCGGAGUCGGAGGCGUCCCUGUCCCUCCCGGUCUCAUCCGCACAUUAAAACGGUGUCUACAGCGUGACCAGACCCUCCGGCCAACAGUCGACGAGCUCCUCGGUCAGCGGGACCCGUUCUUAUACCCCGAUGCGCAGAUGGACGGUGCUGUUCCGAUUAGCCAGGACAUGCUUGGUCGGAUUUUGGUCAACGUCGUGAAUCACUGCCGGGUGCGUGGUAUUCCCAAGGAAGAGGAAUUGGCUACGUGGCCCGCUGGGUUCUUCGCGAAGAUCAAAGCUGCCCUGGAAGAGGAAGCUGGUCGGUGA